AUGAAAUUACUUCCAAACCUGCUACUGUUUAUUGUUGCAAUAUUAAAUACUUGUUCUACUCUUAAUUAUGAUGAAAAAUUAAAAAAUUCAGGUUCAGUUGAUGAUAAGCAACUUGGAUACAUACCUCAUGGACCCUUGGUUAAAUGUUCUUUUUUACCUCUAGAAUUUAUUGAUUGUGAAGAACCCAUUGAUCACAAGGGUAAUAAAACUGCAAAAGAAGAAGCUGGAAAAGGUUGUAUAAAAUUUGGUGGAUCUCGAUAUGAAGAUGUUGAAAGAGCAGCUGUCACUUGUGAAGUUUUGCCUGACAUAGAAUGUUUUGGACCGAGAGUUUUUAAAAAAGAAGGGGUUCCUUGCAUAAAGUACAAGGGUCAUUACUUUGCCACCACAUUAAUAUACAGCAUUUUAUUAGGAUUUCUCGGUAUGGAUCGGUUCAGUUUAGGUCAAACAGGAACAGCUGUUGGUAAACUUCUUACAUUAGGUGGAAUAGGUAUUUGGUGGCUUGUCGAUAUUGUGCUUUUAGUUACAGGUUUUCUGCAACCUGAGGAUUCAAGCAAUUGGAAUCCAUAUGUAUGA